CCCCCGCGCCUGGCGGGGAGCAAGCGUCUGGGUGGCUCUGCAGCAGAAGCCAGGUGCCUAUGGCCAGGCACUGACCCCCUGCCUCCUCCCCAUCUCAGGGGGUGGCCUUGGGGCUGCUCGCCCAGGGAAGCCACAGCCCAGGAGCUACAGGAAGAUGGUGUGCCUGCCCGCCGCCCCGCUGGCCCUGAGGAGGCAGCUGGGGCUCUGGCUCUUGGUGGGGCUCUGUCUCAGCGCGGGCUAUGCACUGGAGAAGAAAGUAAUCAAAGGCAAAGUGGGGGCAAAAGUUGGCCUGCCUUGUUGUUAUGAAAUUCCCAGCUCGGAAAGCCUACAAAAUUACCGGGUCUACUGGCAGAAGAACACCACAGAUGUAGUGCUUGCCUACUCAGAAGGGAAGAUGAUCUCCACGCCCAAGAACCGCACAGAGAUGAACGAAACGAACCUCACUCUGUGGAUCUCCCCUGUGAAAAUUCUAGACAGUGGCCCUUACCAGUGUAUAGUUCAGCACCUCAGAACUUCGCAGAACUCAGUCGUUGUGUGUGAAGAGGCUGUCACCCUCUUUGUUACAGCUGACUUCACUGAGCCGAACAUAACAACAGAAGUAUCCGCUGAUUCCUGUGAAUUAACUGAGAUGGUGGUAAGAUGUUCUUCUCAUGGAGGUUUUCCCAAACCCAAAAUCUCUGGGACCCUCAACAACGUGUCUGUGGUGUGGAAUGCCAGCUGGGUGUCCAAGUCCAGCCUCAGCCCGUACAAUGUCACUGGCACACUCUGGCUCAACGUGACCGAAGACAUCAGCAUCACUUGCUCCAUUGAAAAUGAUGGCUUUUCCAAGUCCACCAGUUUGUUUCUGAAAAAAACAAAUGAGUGCAUUGUCCCUACUGUGCCUCCAUCUUAUAAUGUCAUUACUGCUUCAACUCUCAUCAUUAUCAGCUUCAUUGUGGCUAUCGCCCUCACAGCAAGAUACCUCCAAAGGCAUGUCCGUUCUCGUUGUUGUAAGCCUCGGGAUGCAGUGGAAGAGGAUGUGAAAGAAUGUAUGAAGCCACCCUUGACCUCUAAAAUGACAUCUGAAACAUCAUCUGUAUGACCAGAUCACAUUUGCAGGUUUCCCAUCCUGGGUAUUCCGCGCUGCAGUCCCCACCGUUUGUUGUACAGCAAUGCUUAUUGCGUUGACCCUUUGGCUCUCUGGAAGGGGAUGACAGCAGCAGUAAACUCUGCUUAAAGAAGAUUUACAACAUAACUUCGUGAGAAUGAACACAAAAACCUCACCUACUCCACAGAAGCUGUGGAGUGGUCUUGUUACAAUGAGAUCGCUGGAAUUCUGACUGGGAGGACCCUCUGUGUUCCUGCAACAGGGCAGAAGAAAAGUGUCGUUGCCAUUGACACACGAGUUCAGGAGUUUGGGAUCCUCUGGCUCUGAUGCUGCCUCUAUGAAAACUGGGGAGCCUGCAGAGCCCUAGCAGGUAGCCCACGGCCACCUACCCCUUCAGUCACGCAGAGCUGGCCUUUGGGAGACCCCAGACCCCAACGCAUGAUCUCAAGUCAGGCUGUGCCCUCAUGUUGUGACUGGGAGCAGCUAAAACUUUUUAUAUUUGGCCUCACAUGGGUAUCUGCCAGUACUGUUCUCUGCUGGAAGACUAUGGAUUUGGACUUGACCCUUACACAUAUAUGUGUUGUUUCUCCCCUGAAGAGGCAAUAAUGCACACACUUUUCAUGAAAAAGCACCUUGAGGUGGGACUAUAUGCCUCAUGCUUAUUUUCAGUGCUAUGAGACAUUUUAGGGAAUGACACAUACUGACGGCACACCUAACAGCUAAGUAAUAUUGCUUACCUACAGCAGCGGCAGAAGUUCUCGUAACCUUUCUCUCCUGAAAGGAUGGCCUCACCAACCCAGGUACCAAGCUAGAACUCCUCCAAAUAAUUGCUCGGAGACAGAGGAGCGUAUCUGACACGGCACGGCCCACUGGUGGUGGUGCGUGCGACCACACAUGUGCACGCCUUCGUGCAUACACGUGUAGAAGCUGUUAUAUGCAUUCCUCCCUAACCACACAAGUGUAAAGCCCCAUUUAACUUUCUGUAACACUCAGUGGUUUUCUCACAUCUGUCUGCUGUAAUGAAAUGUAACUCAGGGCCUUUCUUCAUUAACAUAGGUCUGCUUUUGUUCCUACAUUUGCCUAGGAAUACUUGUAAAGGUAGGCUCUCCAGAUCUUGGGAGUCUCUCACAGGGACGUAGCGAUUUACUUUGUGUUGAAUGCCACUGCUUUCUGCCAGCGCGUUCUCUCUACCCAGCCAGGACUUGAAGAAAGUUCCCUACAGGAUGCCAACGUUGGAUAGGACUCAUCUGAUCUGGGUGAUAUUCUUGCCUACUGUGUAGGAAAAAGUGCUUUCUCAUUUUGAGGGGAAAAGAAGAAAAAGCCCCAAGCCCCAACAAGCUUCCUAAGCGACCCUGCAUACGAAUCAACUCAACCCUGCCCUGAAUUUGACAGGGCUUUUUUUUCCCUCUUGCUCUGUCCUACUGCAAGCUGUGCCCGUUCCCUUGCUGCUCUGUAUAGUCAGCAGGGCAGACCAAAGUCUGAGAGCACUGUGCCAUCGAACUUGUAGGACGUUUUGUUGCUUGAGCUGUUUAUCUUGCUAGGACACAGCAAAGAAAUAUUCCACCCAUUUCACUUGUUUCUAGCAGGUAUGCACUGAGAGAGAAAUUGCUGGAGGAAACAGGAAGACUAAAAGCGGUUUAUAGAGGAUUGAGCUAUGAGAGGAUAAGGGAUCGAGUUGCUAGUAAAAAAUAAGACACUGUUCCCUUUCUACUCCUGCAGAGUCAUGCUGCCCCAUCAGCUUUUUUACUGCUUUCUCAUUGUAUGAAGUGAAAGGAGAUAAGGAAACAACACUCAUUGCAGUUGUGCAUCCUGCUUGCAAGCAGAACACAGGUGACACAGAAAGCAGUGUUUCCAAAAGGCAGUCCAAUCUUAUUGCCGGAUUUAUUGUACGGGCAAUGGUUUAUCGUACUUCUCAAGUUCUCUUGCAGUCUACACUUGUUCUUUCCAGCACAAACUUGCAGGCUGAAACACCCUCUUCUGGUAUUUACUUUGCUCAUUUCCAACGCUGCGUUACCACCUCACCAGCCACACCGCAGCUCUGACAGUUGUCCUGGCACAAUGUUUUCCCUCCAACUAUCCCAUGCUCGACUGCUGCCCCUGACCAGUGACUGCGCAGCCUUCUGGAGAAGGGCUUGUCUUCUGCACUGCGCCAGACCUUUCUACAUCAGCAGAGACUCCUGGGACGCUUUAAGUAACUCCUUCUGAAGGAAAUGAAAAGUUUCCCUGAUAAAUAUGUUUAACAUCGGUUUGGUUUUAUAUCCUUGGUGAAGAAGUUAUUUGGUCUAUUUGUUUCUUAAGCACUUGUACUCUGAAUCAUGUUUUCUAUUGCCUUACGCAGUAUUCAGUGAAUUGCACACAAAUGGUUUCUGUGAGACCUUUACAGCUUAAUAUCUGGGUCUUUGUACCAGGUGAGCUGCUCUGUUUAUCACAGGUAUUUUGUAUAUAACUUUUUUUUCCCAGGGUUCCUCCUUUAAUUGUAGUAAAAAAUAAAUGGUAAACUCAA